AUGAGAAGACCUAAUGGCCGCAGAAGAAUUCAAAUUGUGAGGAUGCAAAAUCAAACCAGCAGACAAGUUACAUUCUCAAAACGACGUGCUGGCCUAUUUAAGAAGGCAAGUGAGCUCUCUACUUUGUGUGGUGCUGAUGUUGCUAUUGUAGUAUAUUCUCCCAGCAACAAAGUAUAUGCAUGUGGGCAUCCUUCCGUCGAGUCAAUUGUGGACAAAUUUCUCGGAGAGAAUCCUACACCCGGCACUAAUGAUCCUAACCCCAUCAUUAUAGCUCAGCAAAAUGCCAAUGUUGAUGAGAUCAAUAGAAAGCUGAACAUGUUGGAGAGACAACUUGAAAAAGAAAGAAAACAUGGACAAGCACUUCAAGCAUUGAGGACAGAACCUUCACAUGAAAAACUUAGCUUUUCUGACCUUAAAAGCUUGUGUGAGGCCUUGGAAGCUGCGGAUGAAGAAGUUGAAAGAGUAGCGAGCCAACUUUUGGAGGCUAAUAAGGUAUUCCCAUAUCAAACUAUUGGAAGUGCAUUCGCUCCUUUAAUAGUUAGGGAAAGCACUUCGUUCAAUUCCAAUGAAGGGCCAUCUCAAUCAAGUGAAUAG